UAUGGUGUGUGUGAAUGUGAAUUUGUGUUGAAUUGAAUUUUGUUUGUUUUUAAUUCCUGGUUUAUAUUUUCCGGAGUUUUUCUUUCAAGAUGUCUUCUAUAGACUUUGAUCCAUCAAUAAAGCUUUGUUUAAAGUAUUUGCACUCCAGUGCACCAGAUUCGACGGAGCAGUUGCGUUUGACUUUAGACGAUCUUAUCCGGCAGACGUAUGGCAAUUCUAAAACUCUCGGAAAUGUACUGCCGAGGAAGUAUCUCAAUGAAGAGAAAAUGGAGAGUCCUAGAACAAAGCACAAAAGCGAGAAGGCGUCUACUAGUAAAACUGUUCCAGUGCCGCAGCAGAGUCCGCAGCAAAUUCAGAUUCCGGAGCGGGAGAAUGAUGAUGGUUCCGUGAUGGAUGGAGAACUCGCGUUUGAUUUGUUAGAAGAGGACUUGACUUGCGCUGUAUGUCGCCAGAUUGCCGUGCAGGCCGGCAAUCGCUUGGUUGAAUGCGAUGCUUGCCAUGCUCUUUAUCAUCAGGACUGUCACAAACCUGUAAUAAGUGACAAUGAUAUGGGCUCUGGUUGGAAGUGUGCCACAUGCCUUGCAUCUCAAGGAUUCACUGCUGGAUAUAGCAAGACAUCUUCAGCCUCAAAGUCACCAUCAAGAGUGUCUGGGUCUACAACUCCAGUCAAAAUCUCAUCCAGUAGUUCUGCUUCAUCAUCUCCAUCAAAAGUUGUCACUCCUAAUAUUAAUAUUAUAUCUGCAGACAAAAGACUACAAAUCAUGAAGAAGAAGGCAGCUAAACAACAUGAAAAAAAGAAAAGCUCGAAGAAUUAAUGCUGUUCUUUUUACUUGUAUAGUCUUUUAUUCAAGCAUGUUAUUUUCCUUUGGGAAUUCGUUAAAAUAAAUAAGUUACUGGUCA